UGCUUUUGAACAUUGUGUUAUCAAGCCGGCAUCUCAUUGCCAUUCCGACAUUGCAUACUCUCUUUCAAUCAGUCAAUGGAAGCCUAGUUCUGUGUUUCCCUCGUCUUUAGAGAUUCAUAAGUAAACUGCUGCUAUACUAUUAUGCUUUUUGAGUUGAUCAUAGCCAUGUUGCUGGGUAUAUUUCGUGCGUGCGAAGGUUCUCCGACCUACCAAGAGGAGUACCGAGUCAACUACGUACCAAGAUUUGUCGAUUCGUGGCAUGGCCCCCAGAUUGUGGCGCCAGACACUCCGUACGUUGCAGCAGCGGGCCCAAAGCACCUGUACUUUAUCGAUACUCGGUUCGAUCCCGAGACUGCGAAGCACAUCAAAAAACAAAUCGAGUGGGCAGCUGCUUUGAUGGGCCCGGAGGACGUCAUCAAGAUAGACGAGAUUUCGGCUACGGCGGAAGUCAGAAAUGUCCCGACGAACGAAACACUGUUCGUCUUUGAUCCCUCCUACGCCAGGAUCUUUUUUGCAAAAGGAAUCAACAGACGCAACCCGGAUAUCAAACUGCCCGAACAUGAAUCCGCUGGCGAUUGUCUGGUGGCCCACGAUAUCGGUACUUCGUUGACGAAGAGGAUAGGGUCCUGCUUUGGUCACGGCUGUGACACUCGCGCAGACUGCGAACGGUAGACAAAUGGAAACUGCAAUCUCUGUCACGACUAUGGGGUUGAUAGCGAUUGUGACGGAUCAGUGACGAAUGCUGCCGGUUGAAGGUCUAGAUGAUACUAGGUCAAGUGCACAGCAUGCUCCUGUUGCGUUCCUGGCGAGAGCAUUCACAAUAAACUAGAUGUAGUCAUAAGGCCUAUUAUACUCUGUACAUGCACCAUUUGGGUCGCACUCUAAAUGUCAUAGGCGCCAGCAAAUAGACCUCCUUGUUACCCUCGUGUAUUUAUGGGCC